AUGUGGCCUUUUGAAGAGAUGGGUUAUAUGAUGGUGGAUUCAGAAGGAAGUGCAGGAGGGUUGCCGUGUAAUUGGAGGCCACAAGUGUUUGUGCUAAAAGACUGCUGCAGUAGUAAGCACUUCAUUCUACUCUCAGGUACCUUGGCUCAAGAUUUUGAUUGUGUGAUUGUUAAUAUAUAUGCUCCAAAUGAGGUGUUGAAAAGGAAGAAGUUAUGGGAUUCUCUUGUGUGCUUACAACCCCAUUUUCCAAACCCAUGGUGUGUGGGUGCUGAUUUUAAUGAAAUCAGAUUAUUGAGUGGGAGGAAAGGGUGUUCAAGAAGAGAGAGGGGGAUGAAAGAGUUUAAUGAGGUUGUGGAACAGUUGGAGUUGUCUGAUUUGCCUAUGCUAGGCAGAAAAUUCACUUGGUACCAUUCUCCAAUUUUGUUGAAGGAAGAUGAUAGGGAUUGGGGUCCUAAGCCAUUCAAAUUCAUUAAUGCUUGGACAUCAUAUCCUACAUCCUUGACUGAAAUCAAGCACAUUUGGGAGGCAGAAACUAGAUCUCUGGAUGUGUUGGAAACAACAAGAAGGAGAGAGGUUAGAAGUCAGGUCUGGAACCUUAGUAGGGAUAAGGAAAGAAUAUGGCAUCAAAGGUCUAGAUUGCUGUGGCCUAGGUAUGAUGACAGAAAUACUAGAUUUUUCCAUCUUAUGGCAAGUAGUAGGCAGAGAGUGAACUUGACAGAUUCUGUGGCUGUGGAGGGAGUGAGACAUGAGGAUCCAACUCAAGUAAAACAAGUAGUGCUUAGCCAUCUCAGAAACAAUUUUGCUGAAAGUUGGACUUCUAAGCCACAAUUUUCUGGACCUUUUACUACAAUUUCUUCAGAGGCAAUAGUGGGUUUAGAAGCAAUGUUUAAUGAAGAAGAGAUCUGGGCAGCUAUUCAGGAUUGUGAUGGGAACAAGGCUCCUAGCCCAGAUGGUUUUAACUUAGCUUGCAUUAAAAAAUGUUGA